UCUUCUCUCACCAUCAUGGGAGCAUCUAAGAAGUGGGUGGCUUGGGCCACGUUGAGCUGCUUGGUUCUAUCCGUUUCUGGAGGAUAUCUUAGUCUCGGUGGAGGCGGAGGUGGCUACGGAGGCGGUGGCGGUGGAGGAUACGGAGGAGGUGGAGGAGGAGGUUAUGGAGGCGGAGGAGGUGGAGGAUACGGAGGCGGCGGAGGAGGAGGAAAAGGAGGUGGUGGAGAUACCAUCUUCAUUGCAGUACCCAUUCAGUCUGGUGGUGGAGGACACGGUGGAGGCGGCGGUGGUGGAUACGGAGGAGGUGGAGGAGGGGGCUAUGGAGGUGGCGGCGGAGGCGGCUACGGAGGUAGCGGUGGAGGUGGCUACGGAGGUGGUGCUGGAGGAGGAGGAAUAAAAAUUAUUUCUCUUGGUGGUGGUGGAGGAGGAGGAGGAGGAAAAGGAGGAUACGGUGGCGGUGGCGGAGGAUACGGAGGAGGUGGCAAAGGAGGCGGCGGAUACGGUGGAGGAGGAUAUGGAGGAUCCGGAAGCGGAGGAUAUGGAGGAGGAUCCGGGGGAGGAGGAAAAGGUGGAGGAGGUGGUGGAGUAGCCAUCGUUGGAAUUAGCCUUACUAGUCUCGGAGGCGGAGGACACGGCGGCGGAGGAGGAGGCGGAGGUUACGGUGGCGGUGGAGGAGGAGGAUAUGGAGGAGGAUCCGGAGGUGGAUACGGUGGUGGAGGCGGAUAUGGCGGCGGAUCCGGAGGUGGAUAUGGUGGUGGAUCUGGAGGCGGAAAAGGUGGAGGUGGUGGAGGAUAUUGGUGAGCCACUUCUGAAAUAAAUUAAAAUGAAAAGCAACUCCUCCUAUUGGAAAGUAUAUGUCCUUCAUGGCGAACGGGUCUCGUAUCAACACUCCAACCGUUUCACUCAUCCCGGAAGUUCGGCCAUCUGCGUCAGUGAUAUGCCCAAGCGAACAAAACUGUAUCAAAGUUAACUAUGUUUGUCUUUCUUCUGUUUAUCACUUCAUGAUUCUUUGAAGUCCAUGUAGUCAUGAAGUGCAGUUGUAAAUACUUCUGUUGAAACACUUUUUUUAUUUAUCAUUUGGACUUUCACGCAUUUUGAAUGAUUCGAGUAAUAUUUUUUAAAAAAUAAAAUGGGAUCAAUCCAGGACUAAAUUAGAAAGGCAAUCAAACAAAAUUUUAAAUUAACAAAGUUGUUCUUUUCUUCUGUCUAUCUCCGUGUAGUCCUUUGAAAAACGUACAGCAAUAAAGCGUGAUUUGUAAAUAAUA